AUGUUCCCGGGCGCUGGUCAUCAGACUUAUGGCAACCAGCAACAAAUCAACCAGUCGAGGCCCCAGGGCCCUCCUCCUGGAUUCGUCCAACAACAGUACUCGAGGCCGAACGCCCCUCCUCCAGAUAACUACCAAGGAUAUCAGAGACCAUACCAAGCUCCACCCUCAAACAAUUAUCAAAGCUUUCAAGGCUACCAAAGACCACAGGAGGCUCCUCCCAACCAACAGUACAGAAAUGAUAUCCAGGCCAAUCACGCACAACCCAGUUUUGUCAACGGACCCAGUCAGUACCAACAGCCCCAAAAUUUGGCUGCUCCACCUCAGCAGUCUCAGCUUGCGGGCGGGGGAUCAGCCAAUGAGUUCUCCUUCCAGUACUCUCAAUGUACCGGAAGACGCAAAGCAUUGCUCAUCGGUAUCAACUAUUUUGGCUCACAGAAUGAGCUUCGUGGCUGUAUUAACGAUGUUCACAAUAUGCACACCUUUUUAACUACCCGCUACGGUUACAAUUCGGACGACAUUGUAGUUCUCACGGACGAUCAGCAGGAAAUGUCAAGGAUUCCCCUAAAGCAAAACAUCUUGCGUGCAAUGCAAUGGCUAGUGAAUGGCGCACAACCCAACGAUGCUCUCUUCGUCCAUUACUCAGGGCAUGGUGGCCAGACUGACGAUUUGGACGGCGAUGAAGAAGAUGGGAAGGAUGAUGUUAUCUACCCAGUCGACUUCCAGUCACAAGGACAUAUCAUCGACGAUGAGAUGCAUGACAUCAUGGUCAAACCUUUACAGCAAGGUGUUAGACUCACUGCUCUUUUCGACUCAUGUCACUCGGGCACUGUCCUGGAUCUGCCUUAUACCUAUUCGACGAAAGGUGUCGUGAAAGAGCCCAAUCUUUGGAAAGAUGUGGGUCAAGAUGGUCUACAAGCCGCAAUGGCGUACGCGAGUGGGAAUACAGGGCGGAUGAUGACCUCUUUAGGAUCCAUGUUCAAGAGCGCAACCAGAAAAGCCACUGGAAAUUCUAAUCAAGAUUACGUGAGGCAGAUCAAAUUCUCUCCUGCUGACAUUAUUAUGAUAAGUGGAUCCAAAGAUAACCAGACUUCUGCAGAUGCAGUCGAAAAUGGGCAGGCGACAGGUGCUAUGUCUCAUGCUUUUGUCAAGGUGCUAAGCACGCAACCUCAACAAACGUAUUUGAGUUUGUUGCAAAACAUGAGAUCGGAACUUAGCGGGAAGUACUCGCAAAAGCCUCAGCUAUCAAGUUCUCAUCCUAUCGAUGUCAAUUUACAAUUACUUCUUUGA